CAUUCUCCAUAGCCCCAAGUUACGACCGCACAGCGAAAAAGUGAGAGGGAGAGAGAGAGCAGAAGUCAGAAAGGCUUUCAAGCCUUGUGAGAAAAAAGAGAGAGAGAGAGAAAGUAAGUUCUCAAAGAACAAGUUUCAGACAGCAGUGGGGGAGAAAACUUUUCGGGGGCUGUGGCAGAAAAGACGUGGCCGGCUGAGGAUGCUCAUGCCGAGGUGUUAAAGUUUUGGAAGCAGGAUCUGCUCCAGAAAACAAAGUAACACAGGGGUGGCACGAGGUGUCACGUUGUGCCUGAGCACAAGAUGGCUGACGAAGAAGAUACAAGGGAAGUGCUCUUCCCACAGUGGAUGGGUGCUGAUAAACAUGGGCUUACAAUAGAGCAAAAAGCUCAAGGAGAGAUUUUCAUCAAAGAAGUGAAAGAAGAGUCCCCUGCUGCUCACACUGGGAGAGUGUUUGAAGGUGAUCAAAUUGUGGGUGCCACCAUUUACUUUGAGAACAUGAGCUCAGAUGAAACAGCUGAGUUACUGAAGACGCUUAACCGACACAAAGUGGGACUAAAACUACAGCACAAGACAGGAGACAAGUCACCUUGCCGGUCUCCCAUGGGCACACUGUCAUGGGAAGGACGAAGUGGAUUUGGAGGCUCUAGCCCUGACAUCAUCCUAAGUGGGGAUGAUGAGGACUACAAGAGAAUCUACACUAAGAAAAUUAAGCCCAGACUGAAGUCUGAGGACCUUGCAGAGGGAGUUGAUGUACGUACAGAACGUCACAGCAGCACCAGCAGUGACGGCAGCACUAUAACUACCAUUACUCGCCGUAUCACUACCUACACUGUGGACAUACCGGGGGCAUCUGGCCAGCAACAGAUUGAUAUUUCAAGCCCAGAGUUUAAAAUUCAUGUUUCACAACACGAGCAGCAAGAGGGGAGCUCUGCUCAGAUCAGAUUACCGCAUGGGAGCCUUAUAAACAAAGUUGGUACCCAAGAGGGUGUAGAUGUGGGGGAAGUAAGACUUAGAGAUCCAGAAGCCACUAGUUCUUCUGAGAAGCACUGGAGUACAGCACAUGUCAAAACAACAAUUACAAAAAGAGGGAUAGAGGGGAGUGGGAAGGAUCUGAAAUUUAAUUUGUCUGACACUGGACUGUCAGGGGAAAAAACACAAGGGGAACUGGGACAUUCUGGGUGGAUUCAACAUGAGAUGAGUGGAAUAAGCAAAGGUUCAGUCACCGCGGACACAGGUACAGGUAAUGUGGGUCUCUCAGGUAAAGUGGGCAUGGAGUUAGACCAAGAUGCAGGUCACGUAAGCAUUAGUGAUCAGCACUUGAAAGACAGUGGAAAAGGAUUCAGCAUCAGUGUGAACAAAGGAGAGAUCAUUACUCCACAUUUAACAGAACAUACAAUUGUUGUUUCCAAACCAGAUACUGAAUCUGAGGUGAAAGGUUCAAAUGUGAAAGGAGGAACAGAGUUUGUUUCAGGUUUUUCCAUGAGAGUGGGAUCACAAGACAGCAAAAUGUCAUGGAAAGACACUUCACCUUCUGGUGAAAUAAAGCUGCCAAAACCUAGCAUAGAUGUAAAAGGGUUCAAAGUAGAAGGUAGUGUAAAGCCACCAAAGCAAGAAACUGGGCAUAUAGAUGUGUCAGUUCCACAAAUUAAGGGGGAUAUCAAGGUGACAGAACUUGAAAUUGGGGGAAAUAAGAUGCCAUCCAUCACUGGACCAAAAAUAUCUAUGCAAGAGGUGAAUUUGAACAUCAAGGGUCAAAAACUGAAAGGAGAUGUCCCAGUUCCAGAAAUGCAAGCAGAUAUAAAAUGUCCAGCUAUUUCCCGGACUGAUGUGGACAUAAAGGGCCCAAAAAUGAAAGGAGAUGUAGAUGUUUCUGUUGCAAAAGUAGAUAUUAAAGACCCAAAAGUGAAUACUCAUGGGACAGAAUCAAAAAUCAAAAUGCCAUCAUUUGGAUUUAAAGGUCCAAAGGUUGAAGGUCCUCAUGUAGAAAUAAGCCUUCCCAAAGCUGAAGUCGACGUAAAGGGACCAGCCAUAGAUAUCAAAGCUCCCGAUGCUAGCAUUGAUGCCAAGAUGCCCUGUCCUUCUGAUCCUAAGAGUUCCAUGCCUGAUGUGGACAUUAACAUAAAAGGUCUGCAAAUUAAAGGUAAUGCAGAUCUUUCACUACCAAAAGUUGCAGGGGACAUCAAAGCACCCAAAGUGGAUAUUAAAAGUCCAAAUGUUGACGUUGAAGGACCUGAAGAAGGCCCUAAGACGACAAAAAUCAAAAUGCCUUCUUUUGGGCUAAAAGGUCCAAAGGUUGAAGGCACAGAUAUAGAUGUUAAACUGUCCAAACCUGAACUUGACAUUAAAGGACAAACAAUAGAUGUAAAAGCUUCUAAUGCUGACAUUGAGGGACCUGAGGGAAACGUGAAGGGUCCAAAAUUAAAGAUGCCCUCCAUCUCUGGUCCAGAGAUCUCUAUGCCUAAGUUAGACAUAAAGGGUCCAAAAAUCAAAAGUGAUGCAGAAGUCUCAGCACCAAAGAUUGAGGGGGAUAUCAAAGCACCUAAAGUGGACAUUAAAGGUACAGACAUUGAUAUUGAGGGACAUGAAGGUGGAUUCAAGAUGCCAAAAAUCAAAAUGCCAUCAUUUGGGCUUAAAGGUCCAAAGGUUGAAGGCCCUGACGUCGAUGUAAGCCUUCCCAAAGCUGAAGUUGAUAUAAAGGGACCAGCCGUAGACAUAAAUGUCCCAGGCGUUGACAUUGAGGGACGUGAUGGAAAAGUAAAAGGUCCCAAAUUCAAGAUGCCUUCUCUUUCUGGUCCAAAGAUGUCCAUGCCUGAUGUUGACAUAAACCUAAAGGGUCCAAAAUUUAAAGGCGAUGCAGAAAUCUCAGUACCAAAGGUUGAGGGGGAUAUCAAAGCACCUAAAGUGGAUAUUAAAGGUCCAGAGGUUGAUACUGAGGGACCUGAAGGAGGAUUCAAAAUGCCAAAAAUCAAAAUGCCGUCUUUCGGUCUUAAAGGACCCAAAGUGGAGGGCCCUGAAGUUGAUGUAAGCCUUCCAAAAGGAGAUGCUGAAAUAAAAGGACCAGCCAUAGAUGUGAAGACACCUGAUGUUGACAUUGAGGGACCUGAAGGAAAAAUCAAAGGUCCUAAAUUUAAGAUGCCAACCAUCACUGGUCCAAAGAUUUCUAUGCCAGAUGUCGAUCUGAACCUGAAAGGCCCUAAAGUAAAAGGGGAUGUUGAUGUUUCAGUUCCUAAGAUGGAAGCAGAUGUGAAGGCCCCAAAAGUAGAUAUCAAAGGACCAGAUGUUGACAUUGAAGGCCCUGAAGGUGGUUUCAAGAUGCCAAAAAUCAAAAUGCCAUCAUUUGGGCUUAAAGGUCCAAAGGUUGAGGGCCCUGAUGUCGACGUAAGCCUUCCCAAAGCUGAAGUUGAUAUAAAGGGACCAGCCGUAGACAUAAAUGUCCCCGAUGUUGACAUUGAGGGACCUAAUGGAAAAGUUAAAGGUCCCAAAUUCAAGAUGCCAUCUCUUUCUGGUCCAAAGAUCUCCAUGCCUGAUGUAGACAUAAACCUAAAGGGUCCAAAAUUCAAAGGCGAUGCAGAAGUUUCAGUACCAAAGGUAGAGGGUGAUAUCAAAGCACCAAAUGUGGAUAUUAAAGAACCAGAUGUUGAUAUUGAGGGACCUGAAGGAGGAUUCAAAAUGCCAAAAAUCAAAAUGCCGUCGUUCGGUUUUAAAGGACCCAAAAUGGAGGGCCCUGAAGUUGAUGUAAGUCUUCCCAAAGGAGAUGCUGAAAUAAAAGGACCAGCCAUAGAUGUGAAGACACCAGAUGUUGAAAUUGAGGGACCUGAAGGAAAAAUUAAAGGCCCCAAAUUUAAGAUGCCUACCAUCUCUGGUCCAAAGAUCUCUAUGCCAGAUGUGGAUUUCAACCUGAAAGGCCCUAAAGUAAAAGGGGAUGUUGAUGUUUCAGUUCCUAAGAUGGAAGCGGAUGUGAAGGCCCCAAAAGUAGAUAUCAAAGGACCAGAUGUUGACCUUGAAGGCCCUGAAGGUGGUUUCAAGAUGCCAAAAAUCAAAAUGCCAUCAUUUGGGCUUAAAGGUCCAAAGGUUGAGGGCCCUGAUGUUGAUGUAAGCCUUCCCAAAGCUGAAGUUGAUAUAAAGGGACCAGCCGUAGACAUAAAUGUCCCAGAUGUUGACAUUGAGGGACCUGAUGGAAAAGUGAAAGGUCCCAAAUUUAAGAUGCCAACCAUCUCUGGUCCAAAGAUUUCUAUGCCAGAUGUGGAUUUCAACCUGAAAGGCCCUAAAGUAAAAGGGGAUGUUGAUGUUUCAGUUCCUAAGAUAGAAGCGGAUGUGAAGGCCCCAAAAGUAGAUAUCAAAGGACCAGAUGUUGACCUUGAAGGCCCUGAAGGUGGUUUCAAGAUGCCAAAAAUCAAAAUGCCAUCAUUUGGGCUUAAAGGUCCAAAGGUUGAGGGCCCUGAUGUUGAUGUAAGCCUUCCCAAAGCUGAAGUUGAUAUAAAGGGACCAGCUGUAGACAUAAACGUCCCAGAUGUUGACAUUGAGGGACCUGACGGAAAAGUUAAAGGUCCAAAAUUUAAGAUGCCAACUAUUUCGGGUCCAAAGAUCUCUAUGCCAGAUGUGGAUUUCAACCUGAAAGGUCCCAAAGUGAAAGGAGAUGUUGAUGUUUCAGUUCCUAAGAUGGAAGCGGAUGUGAAGGCCCCAAAAGUAGAUAUCAAAGGACCAGAUGUUGACAUUGAAGGCCUUGAAGGUGGUUUCAAGAUGCCAAAAAUCAAAAUGCCAUCAUUUGGGCUUAAAGGUCCAAAGGUUGAGGGCCCUGAUGUUGAUGUAAGCCUUCCCAAAGCUGAAGUUGAUAUAAAGGGACCAGCCGUAGACAUAAAUGUCCCAGAUGUUGACAUUGAGGGACCUGAUGGAAAAGUGAAAGGUCCCAAAUUUAAGAUGCCAACCAUCUCUGGUCCAAAGAUUUCUAUGCCAGAUUUGGAUUUCAACCUGAAAGGCCCUAAAUUAAAAGGGGAUGUUGAUGUUUCAGUUCCUAAGAUGGAAGCGGAUGUGAAGGCCCCGAAAGUAGAUAUCAAAGGACCAGAUGUUGACAUUGAAGGCCCUGAAGGUGGAUUCAAGAUGCCAAAAAUCAAAAUGCCAUCAUUUGGGCUUAAAGGUCCAAAGGUUGAGGGCCCUGAUGUUGAUGUAAGCCUCCCCAAAGCUGAAGUUGAUAUAAAGGGACCAGCCAUAGACAUAAAUGUCCCAGAUGUUGACAUUGAGGGACCUGAUGGAAAAGUUAAAGGUCCCAAAUUCAAGAUGCCAACCAUCUCGGGUCCAAAGAUUUCUAUGCCAGAUGUGGAUUUCAACCUGAAAGGCCCUAAAGUAAAAGGGGAUGUUGAUGUUUCAGUUCCUAAGAUGGAAGCGGAUGUGAAGGCCCCAAAAGUAGAUAUCAAAGGACCAGAUGUUGACAUUGAAGGCCCUGAAGGUGGUUUCAAGAUGCCAAAAAUCAAAAUGCCAUCAUUUGGGCUUAAAGGUCCAAAGGUUGAGGGCCCUGAUGUUGAUGUAAGCCUUCCCAAAGCUGAAGUUGAUAUAAAGGGACCAGCCGUAGACAUAAAUGUCCCAGAUGUUGACAUUGAGGGACCUGAUGGAAAAGUUAAAGGUCGCAAAUUCAAGAUGCCAUCUCUUUCAGGUCCAAAGAUCUCCAUGCCUGAUAUAGACAUAAAGGGUCCAAAAUUCAAAGGUGAUGCAGACAUUUCAGUACCAAAGGUUGAGGGGGAUAUCAAAGCACCAAAAGUGGAUAUUAAAUGUGCAGACAUUGAUAUUGAGGGACCUGAAGGAGGAUUCAAAAUGCCAAAAAUCAAAAUGCCGUCUUUCGGUCUUAAAGGACCCAAAGUGGAGGGCCCUGAAGUUGAUGUAAGCCUUCCAAAAGGAGAUGCUGAAAUAAAAGGACCAGCCAUAGAUGUGAAGACACCUGAUGUUGAAAUUGAGGGACCUGAAGGAAAAAUUAAAGGUCCCAAAUUUAAGAUGCCAACCAUCUCUGGUCCAAAGAUUUCUAUGCCAGAUGUGGAUUUCAACCUGAAAGGCCCUAAAGUAAAAGGGGAUGUUGAUGUUUCAGUUCCUAAGAUGGAAGUGGAUGUGAAGGCCCCAAAAGUAGAUAUCAAAGGACCAGAUGUUGACAUUGAAGGCCCUGAAGGUGGAUUCAAGAUGCCAAAAAUCAAAAUGCCAUCAUUUGGGCUUAAAGGUCCAAAGGUUGAAGGCCCUGAUGUUGAUGUAAGCCUUCCCAAAGCUGACGUUGAUAUAAAGGGACCAGCCGUAGAUAUAAGUGUCCCAGAUGUUGACAUUGAGGGACCUGACGGAAAAGUUAAAGGUCCCAAAUUUAAGAUGCCAACCAUCUCUGGUCCAAAGAUUUCUAUGCCAGAUGUGGAUUUCAACCUGAAAGGCCCUAAAGUAAAAGGGGAUGUUGAUGUUUCAGUUCCUAAGAUGGAAGCGGAUGUGAAGGCCCCGAAAGUAGAUAUCAAAGGACCAGAUGUUGACAUUGAAGGCCCUGAAGGUGGUUUCAAGAUGCCAAAAAUCAAAAUGCCAUCAUUUGGGCUUAAAGGUCCAAAGGUUGAGGGCCCUGAUGUUGAUGUAAGCCUUCCCAAAGCUGAAGUUGAUAUAAAGGGACCAGCCGUAGACAUAAAUGUCCCAGAUGUUGACAUUGAGGGACCUGAUGGAAAAGUGAAAGGUCCCAAAUUUAAGAUGCCAACCAUCUCUGGUCCAAAGAUUUCUAUGCCAGAUGUGGAUUUCAAUCUGAAAGGCCCUAAAGUAAAAGGGGAUGUUGAUGUUUCAGUUCCUAAGAUGGAAGCAGAUGUGAAGGCCCCAAAAGUAGAUAUCAAAGGACCAGAUGUUGACAUUGAAGGCCCUGAAGGUGGUUUCAAGAUGCCAAAAAUCAAAAUGCCAUCAUUUGGGCUUAAAGGUCCAAAGGUUGAGGGCCCUGAUGUUGAUGUAAGCCUUCCCAAAGCUGAAGUUGACAUAAAGGGACCAGCCGUAGACGUAAAUGUCCCAGAUGUUGACAUUGAGGGACCUGACGGAAAAAUUAAAGGUCCCAAAUUUAAGAUGCCAACCAUCUCGGGUCCAAAGAUUUCUAUGCCAGAUGUGGAUUUCAACCUGAAAGGCCCUAAAGUGAAAGGGGAUGUUGAUGUUUCAGUUCCUAAGAUGGAAGCGGAUGUGAAGGCCCCAAAAGUAGAUAUCAAAGGACCAGAUGUUGACAUUGAAGGCCCUGAAGGUGGUUUCAAGAUGCCAAAAAUCAAAUUGCCAUCAUUUGGGCUUAAAGGUCCAAAGGUUGAAGGCCCUGAUGUUGAUGUAAGCCUUCCCAAAGCUGAAGUUGAUAUAAAGGGACCAGCCGUAGACAUAAAUGUCCCAGAUGUUGACAUUGAGGGACCUGAUGGAAAAGUGAAAGGACCCAAAUUUAAGAUGCCAACCAUCUCGGGUCCAAAGAUUUCUAUGCCAGAUGUGGAUUUCAACCUGAAAGGCCCUAAAGUGAAAGGAGAUGUUGAUGUUUCUGUUCCUAAGAUGGAAGCGGAUAUAAAGGCCCCAAAAGUAGAUAUCAAAGGACCAGAUGUUGACAUUGAAGGCCCUGAAGGUGGUUUCAAGAUGCCAAAAAUCAAACUGCCAUCAUUUGGGCUUAAAGGUCCAAAGGUUGAAGGCCCUGAUGUUGAUGUAAGCCUUCCCAAAGCUGAAGUUGAUAUAAAGGGACCAGCCGUAGACAUAAAUGUCCCAGAUGUUGACAUUGAGGGACCUGAUGGAAAAGUGAAAGGUCCCAAAUUUAAGAUGCCAACCAUCUCUGGUCCAAAGAUUUCUAUGCCAGAUGUGGAUUUCAACCUGAAAGGCCCUAAAGUAAAAGGAGAUGUUGAUGUUUCAGUUCCUAAGAUGGAAGCGGAUGUGAAGGCCCCAAAAGUAGAUAUCAAAGGACCAGAUGUUGACAUUGAAGGCCCUGAAGGUGGUUUCAAGAUGCCAAAAAUCAAAAUACCAUCAUUUGGGCUUAAAGGUCCAAAGGUUGAGGGUCCUGAUGUUGAUGUAAGCCUUCCCAAAGCUGAAGUUGACAUAAAGGGACCAGCUGUAGACAUAAAUGUCCCAGAUGUCGACAUUGAGGGACCUGAUGGAAAAGUGAAAGGUCCCAAAUUUAAGAUGCCAACCAUCUCUGGUCCAAAGAUUUCUAUGCCAGAUGUGGAUUUCAACCUAAAAGGCCCUAAAGUGAAAGGGGAUGUUGAUGUUUCAGUUCCUAAGAUGGAAGCGGAUGUGAAGGCCCCAAAAGUAGAUAUCAAAGGACCAGAUGUUGACAUUGAAGGCCCUGAAGGUGGUUUCAAGAUGCCAAAAAUCAAAAUGCCAUCAUUUGGGCUUAAAGGUCCAAAGGUUGAGGGCCCUGAUGUUGAUGUAAGCCUUCCCAAAGCUGAAGUUGAUAUAAAGGGACCAGGUCUAGACAUAAAUGUCCCAGAUGUUGACAUUGAGGGACCUGACGGAAAAAUUAAAGGUCCCAAAUUUAAGAUGCCAACCAUCUCGGGUCCAAAGAUUUCUAUGCCAGAUGUGGAUUUCAACCUGAAAGGCCCUAAAGUAAAAGGAGAUGUUGAUGUUUCUGUUCCUAAGAUGGAAGCGGAUAUAAAGGCCCCAAAAGUAGAUAUCAAAGGACCAGAUGUUGACAUUGAAGGCCCUGAAGGUGGUUUCAAGAUGCCAAAAAUCAAAAUGCCAUCAUUUGGGCUUAAAGGUCCAAAGGUUGAAGGCCCUGAUGUUGAUGUAAGCCUUCCCAAAGCUGAAGUUGAUAUAAAGGGACCAGCCGUAGACAUAAAUGUCCCAGAUGUUGACAUUGAGGGACCUGAUGGAAAAGUGAAAGGUCCCAAAUUUAAGAUGCCAACCAUCUCGGGUCCAAAGAUUUCUAUGCCAGAUUUGGAUUUCAACCUGAAAGGCCCUAAAUUAAAAGGGGAUGUUGAUGUUUCAGUUCCUAAGAUGGAAACGGAUGUGAAGGCCCCAAAAGUAGAUAUCAAAGGACCAGAUGUUGACCUUGAAGGCCCUGAAGGUGGUUUCAAGAUGCCAAAAAUCAAAAUGCCAUCAUUUGGGCUUAAAGGUCCAAAGGUUGAGGGCCCUGAUGUUGAUGUAAGCCUUCCCAAAGCUGAAGUUGAUAUAAAGGGGCCAGCUGUAGACAUAAAUGUCCCCGAUGUUGACAUUGAGGGACCUGAUGGAAAAGUGAAAGGUCCCAAAUUUAAGAUGCCAACCAUCUCGGGUCCAAAGAUUUCUAUGCCAGAUGUGGAUUUCAACCUGAAAGGCCCUAAAGUAAAAGGGGAUGUUGAUGUUUCAGUUCCUAAGAUGGAAGGGGAUGUGAAGGCACCAAAAAUAGAUAUCAAAGGACUAGAUGUUGACAUUGAAGGCCCUGAAGGUGGAUUCAAGAUGCCAAAAAUCAAAAUGCCAUCAUUUGGGCUUAAAGGUCCAAAGGUUGAGGGCCCUGACGUUGAUGUAAGUCUUCCCAAAGCUGAAGUUGAUAUAAAGGGACCAGGUCUAGACAUAAAUGUCCCAGAUGUUGACAUUGAGGGACCUGACGGAAAAGUGAAAGGUCCAAAAUUUAAGAUGCCAACUCUCUCUGGUCCAAAAAUCUCCAUGCCUGAUGUAGACAUAAACUUAAAGGGUGAUGCAGAUGUUUCAGUUCCAAAGAUUGAAGGAGACAUUAAAUCACCAAAGGUUGAUAUUGAAUGUCCUGGUAUUGAUAUUAAGUCCCCAGAUUUUGACAUUGAUGGAUCUAGUGGAAAAAUCAAGGGUCCAAAAUUCAAGAUACCAUCUGUAUCAGGCCCAAAGAUUUCUAUGCCUGAUGUGGACUUCAAGCUUAAAGGACCCAAAAUGAAAAGUGACGUGGACAUGUCUGUUCCAACAGUUGAGGGAGACAUUGCUGUCCCCAAAGUAGAAAUUGAAGGCCCCAAAGUUGACCUGGAUGUUCCUGAAGCUAGUUUGAAGAAAUCAAAGUUCAAAAUGCCAAAAUUUGGAUUGAAAGGGUCAAAGAUUGAAGGGCCAGAUGUUGAGGUCAAACCUGCAAAGGGUGAUAUUAAUGUGGAUGCUAAAAGUCCAGAAGGUGGAUUCAAGUUGCCAAAAUUCAAAAUGCCAAAGUUUGGAUUUAAAUCGCCUAAGGCAGAUAUGCCCAGUGUUGAAAUAAAUGUGCCCAAAGCAGAUAUUGACCUUAAAGCACCUGAUGUUAACAUCAAGAGUCCAUCUCUAGACCUAGAAGUACCAGAAGGAAAGAUUAAAGGUCCCAAAAUUAAAAUGCCAUCAAUCUCUGGUCCCAAAAUCUCUUUGCCUGAUGUAGACGUCAAUCUUAAAGGACCAAAAAUUGAGGGAGAGGUGGACGUCUCUGCACCGAAGAUCGAAGGUGACAUGAAACCACCCAAAAUAGACAUUGAAGGUCCAGAAAUUGAUGUGGAGGGACCAGAAGGUGGUUUCAGGAUGCCUAAAAUCAAAAUGCCAUCAUUUGGACUGAAAGGACCAAAACUGGAGGGCCCUGAUGUUGAUGUAAAUUUGCCAAAGGGUGAUAUCGACAUUAAAGGUCCCAAGAUUGAUGUUAAAAGCCCAGAGGUUGACAUUGAAGGACCAGAAGGGAAAAUCAAGGGUCCCAAAUUCAAAAUGCCCACAUUAUCUGGUCCAAAAAUUUCCAUGCCUGAUGUUGACUUUAAUGUUAAAGGCCCUAAAAUAAAGGGAGAUGUUGAUGUCUCAGUACCAAAGAUUGAGGGUGACAUGAAAGCACCCAAAGUAGACAUUGAAGGUCCAGAGCUUGAUGUGGAAGGACCAGAAGGUGGUUUCAAGAUGCCCAAAAUCAAAAUGCCAUCAUUUGGAAUGAAAGGGCCAAAAGUGGAGGGCCCUGAUGUUGAUGUAAAUUUGCCAAAGGGCGAUAUCAACAUUAAAGGUCCCAAGAUAGAUGUUAAAAGCCCAGAGGUUGACAUUGAAGGACCAGAAGGGAAAAUCAAGGGUCCAAAAUUCAAAAUGCCCACCAUAUCUGGACCAAAACUUUCCAUGCCUGAUGUAGACCUCAGUGUUAAAGGCCCUAAACUAAAGGGAGAUGUGGAUAUCUCAGCUCCUAAGAUUGAGGGCGACAUUAAAGCACCCAAAGUAGACAUUGAAGGUCCAGAGUUUGAUGUGGAGGGACCAGAAGGUGGUUUCAAGAUGCCUAAAAUCAAAAUGCCAUCAUUUGGAUUGAAAGGGCCCAAAUUGGAGGGACCUGAUGUUGACGUGAAUUUGCCCAAGGGUGAUAUCGACAUUAAAGGUCCCAAGAUUGACGUUAAAAGCCCAGAGGUUGACAUUGAAGGACCAGAAGGAAAAAUCAAGGGUCCCAAAUUCAAAAUGCCCACAUUAUCUGGACCAAACAUCUCGAUGCCUGAUGUAGACUUCAAUGUUAAAGGUCCUAAACUAAAGGGAAACAUGGAUAUCUCAGUUCCAAAGAUUGAAGGCGACAUUAAAGCACCCAAAGUAGACAUUGAAGGUCCAGAGCUUGAUGUGGAGGGACCAGAAGGUGGUUUCAAGAUGCCUAAAAUCAAAAUGCCAUCAUUUGGAAUGAAAGGGCCAAAAUUGGAGGGACCUGAUGUUGACGUGAAUUUGCCAAAGGGUGAUAUCGACAUUAAAGGUCCCAAGAUUGACGUUAAAAGCCCAGAGAUUGACAUUGAAGGACCAGAAGGGAAAAUCAAGGGUCCCAAAUUCAAAAUGCCUACAUUAUCUGGUCCCAAGAUUUCCAUGCCUGAUGUAGACCUCAAGGUUAAAGGCCCUAAACUAAAGGGAGAUGUGGAUAUCUCAGUUCCAAAGAUCGAAGGUGACAUGAAAGCACCAAAAGUAGACAUUGAAGGUCCAGAAUUUGAUGUGGAGGGACCAGAAGGCGGUUUCAAGAUGCCCAAAAUCAAAAUGCCAUCAUUUGGAUUUAAAGGGCCAAAACUGGAGGGCCCUGAUGUUGAUGUAAAUUUGCCAAAAGGUGAUAUCGACAUUAAAGGUCCCAAGAUUGACGUUAAAAGCCCAGAGGUUGACAUUGAAGGACCAGAAGGAAAAAUCAAGGGUCCCAAAUUCAAAAUGCCCACUAUAUCUGGUCCAAAAAUUUCUAUGCCUGAUGUGGAUCUCAAUGUUAAAGGCCCUAAACUAAAGGGAGAUGUGGAUAUCUCAGUUCCUAAGAUCGAAGGUGACAUAAAAGCACCCAAAGUAGACAUUGAAGGUCCAGAGCUUGAUGUGGAGGGACCAGAAGGCGGUUUCAAGAUGCCCAAAUUCAAAAUGCCAUCAUUUGGAUUUAAAGGGCCAAAAGUGGAGGGCCCUGAUGUUGAUGUAAAUUUGCCCAAGGGUGAUAUCGACAUUAAAGGUCCCAAGAUCAAUGUUACAAGCCCAGAGGUUGACAUUGAAGGACCAGAAGGAAAAAUCAAGGGUCCAAAAUUCAAAAUGCCCACAAUCUCUGGUCCAAAGAUUUCCAUGCCUGAUGUAGACUUCAAUGUUAAAGGCCCUAAACUAAAGGGAGAUGUGGAUAUCUCAGUUCCAAAGAUCGAAGGCGACAUUAAAGCACCCAAAGUAGACAUUGAAGGUCCAGAGUUUGAUGUGGAGGGACCAGAAGGUGGUUUCAAGAUGCCCAAAAUCAAAAUGCCAUCAUUUGGAAUGAAAGGGCCAAAAGUGGAGGGCCCUGAUGUUGAUGUAAAUCUACCAAAGGGUGAUAUUGACAUUAAAGGUCCCAAGAUUGACGUUAAAAGCCCAGAGGUUGACAUUGAAGGACCAGAAGGAAAAAUCAAGGGUCCAAAAUUCAAAAUGCCCACCAUAUCUGGUCCAAAAAUUUCUAUGCCUGAUGUGGACCUCAAUGUUAAAGGUCCUAAACUAAAGGGAGAUGUGGAUAUCUCAGUUCCUAGAAUCGAAGGUGACAUAAAAGCACCCAAAGUAGACACUGAAGGUCCAGAGCUUGAUGUGGAGGGACCAGAAGGCGGUUUCAAGAUGCCCAAAUUCAAAAUGCCAUCAUUUGGAUUUAAAGGGCCAAAAGUGGAGGGCCCUGAUGUUGAUGUGAAUUUGCCAAAGGGUGAUAUCGACAUUAAAGGUCCCAAGAUCGACGUUAAAAGCCCAGAGGUUGACAUUGAAGGACCAGAAGGGAAAAUCAAAGGUCCAAAAUUCAAAAUGCCUACAAUCUCUGGUCCAAAGAUUUCCAUGCCUGAUGUCGACUUCAAUGUUAAAGGCCCUAAACUAAAGGGAGAUGUGGAUAUCUCAGUUCCAAAGAUCGAAGGCGACAUGAAAGCACCAAAAGUAGACAUUGAAGGUCCAGAAUUUGAUGUGGAGGGACCAGAAGGUGGUUUCAAGAUGCCCAAAAUCAAAAUGCCAUCAUUUGGAUUGAAAGGGCCAAAAGUAGAGGGCCCUGAUGUUGAUGUAAAAUUGCCAAAGGGUGAUAUCGACAUUAAAGGUCCCAAGAUUGACGUUAAAAGCCCAGAGGUUGACAUUGAAGGACCAGAAGGAAAAAUCAAGGGUCCCAAAUUCAAAAUGCCCACUAUAUCUGGUCCAAAACUUUCCAUGCCUGAUGUAGACUUCAAUGUUAAAGGCCCUAAACUAAAGGGAGAUGUGGAUAUCUCAGUUCCAAAGAUCGAAGGUGACAUUAAAGCACCCAAAGUAGACAUUGAAGGUCCAGAGUUUGAUGUGGAGGGACCAGAAGGUGGUUUCAAGAUGCCCAAAAUCAAAAUGCCAUCAUUUGGAUUCAAAGGGCCAAAAGUGGAGGGCCCUGAUGUUGACGUAAAAUUGCCAAAGGGUGAUAUCGACAUAAAAGGUCCCAAGAUUGACGUUAAAAGCCCAGAGGUUGACAUUGAAGGACCAGAAGGAAAAAUCAAGGGUCCCAAAUUCAAAAUGCCCACUAUAUCUGGUCCAAAACUUUCCAUGCCUGAUGUAGACUUCAAUGUUAAAGGCCCUAAACUAAAGGGAGAUGUUGAUAUCUCAGUUCCAAAGAUUGAAGGUGACAUUAAAGCACCCAAAGUAGACAUUGAAGGUCCAGAAUUUGAUGUGGAGGGACCAGAAGGUGGUUUCAAGAUGCCCAAAAUCAAAAUGCCAUCAUUUGGAUUGAAAGGGCCAAAAGUAGAGGGCCCUGAUGUUGAUGUAAAAUUGCCAAAGGGUGAUAUCGACAUUAAAGGUCCCAAGAUUGACGUUAAAAGCCCAGAGGUUGACAUUGAAGGACCAGAAGGAAAAAUCAAGGGUCCAAAAUUCAAAAUGCCCACUAUAUCUGGUCCAAAACUUUCCAUGCCUGAUGUAGACUUCAAUGUUAAAGGCCCUAAACUAAAGGGAGAUGUGGAUAUCUCAGUUCCAAAGAUCGAAGGUGACAUUAAAGCACCCAAAGUAGACAUUGAAGGUCCAGAAUUUGAUGUGGAGGGACCAGAAGGUGGUUUCAAGAUGCCCAAAAUCAAAAUGCCAUCAUUUGGAUUCAAAGGGCCAAAAGUGGAGGGCCCUGAUGUUGACGUAAAAUUGCCAAAGGGUGAUAUCGACAUAAAAGGUCCCAAGAUUGACGUUAAAAGCCCAGAGGUUGACAUUGAAGGACCAGAAGGAAAAAUUAAGGGUCCCAAAUUCAAAAUGCCCACUAUAUCUGGUCCAAAACUUUCCAUGCCUGAUGUAGACUUCAAUGUUAAAGGCCCUAAACUAAAGGGAGAUGUGGAUAUCUCAGUUCCAAAGAUCGAAGGUGACAUCAAAGCACCCAAAGUAGACAUUGAAGGUCCAGAAUUUGAUGUGGAGGGACCAGAAGGUGGUUUCAAGAUGCCCAAAAUCAAAAUGCCAUCAUUUGGAUUUAAAGGGCCAAAAGUGGAGGGCCCUGAUGUUGAUGUAAAUUUGCCAAAGGGUGAUAUCGACAUUAAAGGUCCCAAGAUUGACGUUAAAAGCCCAGAGGUUGACAUUGAAGGACCAGAAGGAAAAAUCAAGGGUCCAAAAUUCAAAAUGCCCACAAUCUCUGGUCCAAAGAUUUCCAUGCCUGAUGUAGACCUCAAUGUUAAAGGCCCUAAACUAAAGGGAGAUGUUGAUAUCUCAGUUCCAAAGAUCGAAGGCGACAUGAAAGCACCCAAAGUAGACAUUGAAGGUCCAGAAUUUGAUGUGGAGGGACCAGAAGGCGGUUUCAAGAUGCCCAAAAUCAAAAUGCCAUCAUUUGGAUUUAAAGGGCCAAAAGUGGAGGGACCUGAUGUUGAUGUAAAACUGCCAAAGGGUGAUAUCGACAUUAAAGGUCCCAAGAUUGACGUUAAAAGCCCAGAGGUUGACAUUGAAGGACCAGAAGGGAAAAUCAAGGGUCCCAAAUUCAAAAUGCCCACUAUAUCUGGUCCAAAACUUUCCAUGCCUGAUGUAGACUUCAACGUUAAAGGCCCUAAACUUAAGGGAGAUGUGGAUAUCUCAGUUCCAAAGAUCGAAGGUGACAUUAAAGCACCCAAAGUAGACAUUGAAGGUCCAGAAUUUGAUGUGGAGGGACCAGAAGGUGGUUUCAAGAUGCCCAAAAUCAAAAUGCCAUCAUUUGGAAUGAAAGGGCCAAAAGUGGAGGGCCCUGAUGUUGAUGUAAAUUUGCCAAAGGGUGAUAUCGACAUGAAAGGUCCCAAGAUUGACGUUAAAAGCCCACAUGUUGACAUUGAAGGACCAGAAGGGAAAAUCAAGGGUCCAAAAUUCAAAAUGCCCACCAUAUCUGGACCAAAACUUUCCAUGCCUGAUGUAGACUUCAAUGUUAAAGGCCCUAAACUAAAGGGAGAUGCGGAUAUCUCAGUUCCAAAGAUUGAAGGCGACAUUAAAGCACCCAAAGUAGACAUUGAAGGUCCAGAGCUUGAUGUGGAGGGACCAGAAGGCGGUUUCAAGAUGCCCAAAAUCAAAAUGCCAUCAUUUGGAUUUAAAGGGCCAAAAGUGGAGGGACCUGAUGUUGAUGUAAAACUGCCAAAGGGUGAUAUCGACAUUAAAGGUCCCAAGAUUGACGUUAAAAGCCCAGAGGUUGACAUUGAAGGACCAGAAGGGAAAAUCAAGGGUCCCAAAUUCAAAAUGCCCACAUUAUCUGGUCCAAAACUUUCCAUGCCUGAUGUAGACUUCAAUGUUAAAGGCCCUAAACUUAAGGGAGAUGUGGAUAUCUCAGUUCCAAAGAUCGAAGGUGACAUUAAAGCACCCAAAGUAGACAUUGAAGGUCCAGAAUUUGAUGUGGAGGGACCAGAAGGUGGUUUCAAGAUGCCCAAAAUCAAAAUGCCAUCAUUUGGAAUGAAAGGGCCAAAACUGGAGGGCCCUGAUGUUGAUGUAAAUUUGCCAAAGGGUGAUAUCGACAUUAAAGGUCCCAAGAUUGACGUUAAAAGCCCAGAGAUUGACAUUGAAGGACCAGAAGGAAAAAUCAAGGGUCCCAAAUUCAAAAUGCCUACCAUAUCUGGUCCAAAACUUUCCAUGCCUGAUGUAGACUUCAAUGUUAAAGGCCCUAAACUAAAGGGAGAUGUGGAUGUCUCAAUUCCAAAGAUUGAAGGCGACAUUAAAGCACCCAAAGUAGACAUUGAAGGUCCAGAGCUUGAUGUGGAGGGACCAGAAGGUGGUUUCAAGAUGCCCAGAUUCAAAAUGCCAUCAUUUGGAUUUAAAGGGCCAAAGGUGGAGGGCCCUGAUAUUGAUGUAGAUUUGCCAAAGGGUGAUAUCGACAUGAAAGGUCCCAAGAUUGACAUUAAAAGCCCAGAGGUUGACAUUGAAGGACCAGAAGGAAAAAUCAAAGGUCCCAAAUUCAAAAUGCCCACCAUAUCUGGACCAAAAAUGUCCAUGCCUGAUGUAGACUUCAAUGUUAAAGGCCCUAAAAUCAAGGGAGACAUGGAUAUCUCAGUUCCAAAGAUUGAAGGUGACAUCAAAGCACCCAAAGUAGACAUUGAAGGUCCACAGAUUGAUGUGGAGGGACCAGAGGGCGGUUUCAAGAUGCCUAAAUUCAAAAUGCCAUCAUUUGGAUUUAAAGGGCCAAAAGUGGAGGGCCCUGAUGUUGAUGUAAAUUUGCCAAAGGGCGAUAUCGACAUUAAAGGUCCCAAGAUUGACGUUAAAAGCCCAGAGGUUGACAUUCAAGGACCAGAAGGGAAAAUCAAGGGUCCAAAAUUCAAAAUGCCUACAUUAUCUGGUCCAAAGAUUUCCAUGCCUGAUGUAGACCUCAAUGUUAAAGGCCCUAAACUAAAGGGAGACAUGGAUAUCUCAGUUCCAAAGAUCGAAGGCGACAUGAAAGCACCAAAAAUAGAUAUUGAAGGUCCAGAGAUUGAUGUGGAGGGACCAGAAGGCGGUUUCAAGAUGCCCAAAAUCAAAAUGCCAUCAUUUGGAAUGAAAGGGCCAAAAGUGGAGGGCCCUGAUGUUGAUGUAAAUUUGCCCAAGGGUGAUAUCGACAUUAAAGGUCCCAAGAUUGACGUCAAAAGUCCAGAGAUUGACAUUGAAGGGCCAGAGGGAAAAAUCAAAGGUCCCAAAUUCAAAAUGCCCACCAUAUCUGGUCCAAAAAUUUCUAUGCCCGAUGUAGACCUCAAUGUUAAAGGCCCUAAAAUAAAAGGAGACAUGGAUAUCUCAGUUCCAAAAAUUCAAGGUGACAUUAAAGCACCCAAAGUUGAUAUUGAAGGUCCAGAGAUUGAUGUGGAAGGACCAGAAGGCGGUUUCAAGAUGCCCAAAAUCAAAAUGCCAUCAUUUGGAUUGAAAGGGCCAAAAGUGGAGGGCCCUGAUGUUGAUGUAAAUUUGCCAAAGGGUGAUAUCAACAUAAAAGGUCCCAAGAUUGACGUUAAAAGCCCAGAGGUUGACAUUGAAGGACCAGAAGGAAAAAUCAAGGGUCCCAAAUUCAAAAUGCCCACAAUCUCUGGUCCAAAAAUUUCUAUGCCUGAUGUAGACCUCAAUGUUAAAGGCCCUAAAAUCAAGGGAGACAUGGAUAUCUCAGUUCCAAAGAUUGAAGGUGAUAUGAAAGCACCAAAAGUAGACAUUGAAGGUCCAGAGUUUGAUGUGGAAGGACCAGAAGGUGGUUUCAAGAUGCCCAAAAUCAAAAUGCCAUCAUUUGGAAUGAAAGGGCCAAAAGUGGAGGGCCCUGAUAUUGAUGUAAAUCUACCAAAGGGUGAUUUUGACAUUAAAGGUCCGAAGAUUGACGUUAAAAGCCCAGACAUUGAAAUUGAAGGACCAGAAGGAAAAAUCAAGGGUCCCAAGUUCAAAAUGCCCACCAUAUCUGGUCCAAAGAUUGCCAUGCCUGAUGUGGACCUCAAUGUUAAAGGCCCUAAACUAAAAGGAGAUAUGGAUGUCUCAGUUCCAAAAAUUAAAGGUGAAUUCAAACCACCGAAGGUAGAUAUUGGAGGUGUAGAUGUUGAUGUCGAGGGAAGGGUUCCAGAGAUUAAAGGUGACAUCAAAGCACCAAAAGUUGAUAUUGGGGGACCUGAUGUUAACAUUGAGGGACCAGAAGGAGGUUUCAAAAUCCCCAAAAUAAAAAUGCCGUCAUUUGGAGUUAAGGGUACAACAGUGGAGGGUACUGACAUUGAUGUAAAUUUGCCAAAGGCCAAUAUUGACAUGAGAGGCCCCAAGAUUGACAUAAAAAGUACAGAUACUAAGAUUGGUGGACUUGAAGGCAAAAUCAAAGGUCCUGAAGUAUCUGUUCCUGAUGUGAAUCUCCACCUUAAGGGACCAAAACUGAAGGGAGAUGUGGAUAUGUCUGCUCCAAAGACUGAAGUUGGUAUAAAGACUCCAAAGGCAGACAUUGAGGGCCCAGAUCUUAGUAUUGAAGGGCCAGAAGGAGGUUUUAAGAUACCCAAAAUCAAAGUGCCAUCCUUUGGAAUAAGGGGCCCUAAAGUGGAGGGCUCUGACAUGGACAUAAAUCUUGCCAAAGCUCAAGCUGACAUAAAAGGACCAGGUAUUGAUAUCAAAGCUCCUAAGAUUACUGGCAAGGGCCCUGAUAUUGAUAGCAGUCUAGAAGGCCAAGAUGUGGAAAUUAAUCUCAAAGGAAAGAAGGAUAAAUUCAAAAUGCCAAAGAUGAAAGGGAAGAUGAAAACGGACAUUGACAUAAAUACCAAAACUGCUGAGUUAAAUGUAGACUCACCUGACAUGCACCUCAAGGGGCCCAAGGUAAAGAAGCCACUCUUUGGAAAACUCCAUUUUCCUGGUGUGGAAUUUGACAUUAAAUCCCCAAAAGGUAAAGGUGGUGGCUCAGUGUCUGGAACUUCAAAAUCAGUGUCUGGUACAUUAAAGGGAAGUGUUGAAGGUGGAGUUAAAGAUCACACAAUUGAUGCUGAAGGUGUUAAAAUAGAAGCAGGAACUCAGGAUGUGGAGUUGAAGAUGCCAGCUGUAAAGGUCAGAUUACCCCAUGGAGUUAGUACAGAACAGAAACAAGGAGAAAUAGGAGUAAGUACAGAUGCAGGAGUGUCUGGUAAAAUGGAAUGUCCUGAGGGUAAUGUAAGCUUUCCUAAGAUCAAAGUGCCAAAGUUUGGAAUUGCUUUGCCUCAGGCAGAGGGAAGGGAGAUAGGUGUUGAUGUAGGUUCGGGAGAAUUAACUGCUAGAACUGAUGUUAGUUCACAGAGCCUGGAGAUGCAUAGUCCAGAUGUGAAAAGCAGUGGUGGAAAAGUCAAAGUUAAAAAGCCAAGAUUCUUUGGCAAGUCUAAAACCAAGGGUGGAAGUGCAGCUGAUCUUACUUUUCAGGGACCUGAAAUUGCAUUCACAAGUGAGGGCGGUGCCAAGGUGUCUAAAGAGUUAAGUCUGAGUUCAGGGGAGCUGAUAGGUGGCAAGAUGGUAGAGGGGGGUUCUGGUUUGAAAAUUUCACCAAAGAGUAAAUCUGCUUCACUUGAUCUUUACAAAAAAUCAAGGCAUCGCUCUUCUUCUCUGAGUGAUGAAGGAGAACUAGCUUCCCCCACUUCUGUGGAAGGGCAUUUACAGACAGAGGGUGGUAAUAUUUCUGUGGAUGUUGGAGAUGCUAAGGUGAAAGGCAAAAAAGGAAAGUUGAAGUUUGGCACAUUCGGCGGGUUUGGCUCAAAAUCCAAAGGUUCCUAUGAAGUAACACUUGGAGAUGAUAGUGAAGCCAAGAUAGAAGGAGCUAGUGGAGGUGAUCUUCCUUUAAAGAAAUCCAGAGUUUCAUCAUCAUCUAGCAGUGAUAGUGGUUCAAAGAGUGGUUUUCGUUUCCCACGAGUUGAAAUAGCUGUUUCACCAAAGAAAUAAUGCAUUGCGAUACUAUUAAAAGGCACUUAUGUUCUAGCCAUUAUCUGUACUAUCUGUUGGCAUAUUCUUCCAUGUUUUAAGCUAGAAAGCUACUUUUUAAGCCUUACAUAAAUACAGUGCACUGUCAUAAACAGACGCUUUAGGUUUGUUUCAUUUCUUUACCACCCCCUCCCCAAUUAUUUUCUUUUAAUUUUCAUGGGGUACAGGUCAUGUCUUUUGAACUCACAAUUUAACUGUAAAUAAGAGAAAUCUGUAUUGUAAUUUUAAACGUCAUUUGUAAAUAGAAAAAAUGAGCCUACUAUCACAUUUUAAAUUCAAUACCACAACAGAUCACUAGUUGAAAUUACAUAUCUGCAUCUGGAUUUAAACAUUUUGUGAUAUUAUAUUUUUGUAUUUUUUAACCUUUAAGGGGAAAUGGUUUUGCAAUCAUCUGUCAUAAAUAGUGCCUUACUUGCUACUUACAAGAAUGCCUGUUCACAUAUAAAGUUUCAUGAAAAUAAAUAAAUCAAAUAAACUAAAUGUUAUAUUUGAGAUUUUAUCAUUUUGAAGCUUAAGAUAAGUAAUCAGUGCUGUAUAGUACUUAUAACAUGAGUUAGUAAAUUUAAAAGUGACAGUGCAUUCAACUGCCACUUUAUAUAUUAGGAUUGUAAAAAAAUGUAAAUAAACAGCUUAUGUAAUAAAACACAUGGAGGAGGGGCAUGACUUUUUGUUACAAGUAAAACAAACACAAAAACUGUAUCUCAUCAUUAUGUAGUUUGUCCCAAGAUCAGCUCCCUAGGUAUUUAUAUCCAAUUAGACUAUUUUACUGAAAAAAAAAAAAA